AUGGAGUUCUUCAAUGACUCAGGAGAUGAUCCUCUGAAGCCCACCCUGUUCGAGCUGGUCGCCCAAGAACAGCUAAGGGACCUGCUUCAACCCGCUCUCAAGUACGUUCUCUCGGUUUUUGCGCAAUCAUACCCCCGUUAUCUGCUCCGGAUAGUCAACAAGCAUGAGGAGUUCUAUGCGCUCCUUAUGCUGUUUGUCGAACGCCACUAUCUCCGCACCCAAGGUGCAUCAUUUGCGGAGAACUUCUAUGGGUUGAAGAGGAGAAGAGCGCCGCUCUUCAAGACCGAUCGGGCGCGUAGUGCUGUGGGCGGCGUGUUCGCGGAGGAGAAACUGAGAGACAGGGAGAUAUGGCGGUCGCUGGUCUUCCUGGUCGGGCUCCCAUACCUGCGUGCGAAGGCGCAAGACUACUUCGAGGAACUGGGUGGGGGCGUGCAAAUAGACGUCGUCGAAGAGUCGCGACAUACGGCAGUAGAUGGGUCGUUGAAAGGUCGAAUGCGGCGUGCAUACAAGAAGAUGUACCCUUUGAUGAACGCGGCAUUCGAAGGUUGGCUGCUGGUCUACAACAUCGCGUACCUUUUCCAGCGGACGGCGUACUACCGACCAUGGCUGUCUUGGGUUGGAGUUGACCUACGACGACUGAGCAUAGACGAUGUGAGGGCGGCGCAGGCGGCGGUACGCAGGCCGGGGCCGUCACCACGGCCCCGGGGCUUGUUGGAGCUGAUGAAGCGUCUGUUAUGGAGAUCCCCACGGCUGCUGCUCGACUCCCUCAAGGUGCUACUGCCGACGGCGAUAUUCUUCAUCAAGUUCCUGGAGUGGUGGUAUUCGCCGUCGUCGCCGGCGCGGUCGCUGUCGACAUCACCGUUGGGCCCUGCGGUACCGCCGCCAGGGCUGCACGCGCCGCACCCGCAGGGGGUGCGGGUGGAUGACGUGGGGUACGGGACGUGUCCGCUGUGCCGGGAGGGGCUUGCGAACGCGACAGGGCUGCCAUCGGGGUAUGUUUUCUGCUACCGGUGCGCACACGACUGGGUGGAGAAGCACGGGCGGUGCCCUGUGACGCUGGCGGAAGUGUCGCUCUGGCAGCUGAGGAAAAUCCUGGUGUCCGCGCACGCCCUCCCCGUUCCCCGCCCGCCGCGUGCUAAGCCGCCCCUCUUCGCCCGACAGUUCGGCAAGCAGAUCCAGGCUGAGCAGGUCCCCGGGUGGUCCGCCUACUACCUCGACUACAAAGCUCUCAAGAAGAUCAUCUCCGCGCUCUCCGACAACCACCCUCCUUCCGACGUCCUGGCAUUCGCGCCGACCGCUGGCGCGCGCCCGAGUGACAUCCUCGCUUCUCCCGCUCUCCCCGAGACCCCCCGUGCGCUUCCAACCGCGGCACACGAGUCAGACGGUCCCCCACUCUACGCAUCCCUUGGUCAAGACGAUGAGCGCGGGCCAAGCUUCCAGGCUCACAAAGCCGCCUUCUUCUUCAAGCUGGAGCGAGAGCUCGAGAAGAUCAAUGCGUUCUAUCUCGAGAAAGAGGCAGAGCUCAAACUCCGCCUCGAGACCCUUCUCUCCAAGCGGCGCGCAGCCGCCGCGCGCGUCAUGCCGGACAACCUCGACGACCCGACUAAGAACCACGUAGAGUGGAGCGCAGUCGAGGAAGGAUUCCGCCUUCUGGAGCGUGACAUCGGAAAGCUGCAGCAAUUUGUGGAGAUCAACGCCAUGGGCUUCCGCAAGAUCUUGAAGAAGUGGGACAAGCGGUCGCGAUCGACCACUAAAGAGCUUUACCUCGCCCGUCAAGUCGAGAUCCAGCCGGUAUUCAACAGACAGCUCAUAUCCGAGCUGGCUGACACCGUCGCGGCAUGCUUGCUGGAUAUCACAGAUCUGUCCGUUGGCCUGGGCAGCGACGUCGCUGUGGCAGAAGACAUCAUCCUUAGUCACCAGCUGAGCAUAGACCGGAACGUCCAAUUGACCCCCUUCUAUGAUCUCGAGAGCAACCUCCGUAAAGCGAUCAACGACAACGACGGCAAGGCCAUCACCGACCUUGUCACCUACUCCGCGUCAUUGUCGCAAAGCCGAGAAUCCCGGAAUCACGUCACUCGUAUCCUCUGGAAAGCCAUCAUUGACGCGCCACGAGAACUCGCCGACCUCAUGCUGGCUGCCUCUGGCGGGGACUUUGAUUACACUUUCGUCGACGACAUCAACAGCCGGACCUGCCUUCACGAGGCCGCCAUUGUUGGCCUCAUCCGCCUGGUCGACCUCUGUCUAGCCGGAGGUGUACAGAAGGACAAGACGGACGCAUACGGAAGGUCUGCGCUCCACUACGCUGCCAUGCAUGGCCACGGAGAUGUAUGCUGCAGGCUUAUCCAGGUCGGGCUCCCCCCUGAUGUUGUCGAUGUCGACAAUUGCACGCCUCUCAUCUACGCCACCCUCAAAGGCUGCGUUGCGUGCGUCCGGGCACUCCUGGAGGAAGGCGGGGUAUCCGUACAAUCCCCCAACUCCAAUAGCGACUUGAUGCCAAUGUCACUUGCCGCAAGGGCAGGUCACAUGGACGUUGUCAUCCUUCUAUUGAAACACGGCGCCCCAAGUCUACCCAACACGAACGGGGAGUACCCUAUCCAUCUCGCGGCUCAGGCGGGCCAUGCGGAGGUCUGCCGGACGCUCGCAGACCAUGAGGGCUGGGAUGUCCCGGACAAGUACAACGAUUGGACUCCGGUCUUCCAUGCCGCCCGCUUUGGACGAGAUGCUUCUCUCCAGGUCUUGCUCGAGGUCGGGUGCCGCUUCAAUCUCACAGACGAAGCGGAAAAUUCUCCUCUAUACUACGCGGCUUGGUACGGGCAUCGAGCGUGUGUCGCUCUGCUCGUUGAAGCCGCCGCAAAAGCUCAAGCCCGAGCCUCACCAUCCCGGAUAUCCCCUCUCACGAACACUCAACGAUCGACAGACACAGACUCGGAUAUCGACGCGAUCCCAUCAUUAUACCUCCCCCCUCCGAUGAUGCCUUACCGUGUGUAUGGCCACAACUAUCUGGACCGCACGUCGUUGAUUCAAGUAACCAUCGGCCACUUGGCGUCACAUUACCGAGAUCCUUCCGUAGACGGCACUGCCGUUCGGCUACGUCACCCAUUGGCUGGUCCGCAGUACGAUGACCGGUACCUCCAUGCAUCUCCGCUUCUCAAGCUCGUCAUGACCGCGGCGCCAGUGGUCACUUCCGCUCCUUACAGCAUACCGUUGCCUAUCCGAGAUCAGAAGAUCGUCUUCGCUUUCCAGGUGACCUCCCCCAGCGCGUUGUCCCUCGAGUUCUCGCUCUAUCCCAACUUUGGCACGAAAACAAUAGGGCGCGCGACUGCCCUCCCAUGCUUGUUCCAGAACAUCCAGAACAGCCAAGCCUUCGUGCUUCCUAUUUUGGACCCCAGGUUGCACAUCAUCGGCGAGGUCUCCUUCGAGGUCAAUGUCAUUACCCCGUUCAGCGGCGUGAAGUUGGAGAUAGGAGGCGCGGUCGAGACGUACUGGAAGUCGCUAGCCAUGCCCGUAAUCGGCGGCAGCAGCAGCACGAAGCUCCUGUCCCCCCGUCCGCCGCAACACGGCCGCGCGCUCGGCGGGUCCGCGCAGACGUCACCGACGAACCCUACCCUCGUGCAGGCCUCCGGCCAUUCUCUCACCCACUCGUCUGUCACGGGUAGCUAUAUCUAUGUGACCGUGCAGGUCACUCGAGAUCUACACCCGGUGGUGUUCGCGGACUGGAAGCUGCCGGACGAACACUACGAUUUAGGCGUCGCGGAUGCGACCCUGGCCCAGUUCCAGGCCCUGGCCGCCAGAUUAGGCCGAGGCGGACCCACACCCGAUCCUUCGUCGUCGCCUCCGUCGCUGUGGUCAAGGUGGAUAGCUUCUUCGAUGGUUACGCUGCAGGAGCUGCUGCGGACCGUACCCGCGUCGUUCGGGAUUUGUGUGGAGAUCGCGUACGCGCCCUCGCGCGUUCGUCACCGGCAUUCGCUCAGGCACCAGGUCGACCUCAAUGACAUGGUCAACUCCGUCCUGCGAACGGUGUACGAUAGCUCCGCGCUCGAAGGGCACAUGGGCCGCAGGCCGGUCGUCUUUACGUCCUUCGCCCCGGACGUGUGCGCGGCGCUCAACUGGAAGCAGCCAAACUAUCCUGUCUUCUUCGCCUCCCAGUGCGGCGAGACAAGCCGGGCGGCCCCGAGCGCCAUCGCGCUCACGACGGAGGACGUUCAUGACUUCCGGCUCUGGAGCCUCGACGCCGCGGUCGAGUUCAGCAAGAUGAACAACCUGCUCGGCGUCCUGCUCGAUGCCAGCUUCCUGGCGCGCACACCGUCGCUCAUCCAGGGUGUCAAGGACUUCGGGCUGCUCGUCGGCACGUUCGGCGUCCGGGAGGACAUCGAGCGCCUCCCGACGUCGACGGGUGCCGAGGCGAGCGGGCUCGACGCCGCGCUGCACGACGGCGUGCUCACGUACUUCAACCCCAGGCAACGCGGCUUCCAGGGACUGUGA